AUGACUGCUCGAAGUCGUAGACACCAGGGCAAUCGCCAGGUGAAUGGAAAUAGAAAUGGACAUCGGCAGGGUAUUGUGAAGAAAGUGAGGCCACAUGCAAACGGUGCCAUCCAAAACAACAUGGAAAUUGAGAAUGGUGAUGAAAUUGUUCCCUUAGGUGAGGAUACACCUGGGGAAGCUUCAGUCACCACCUCGCAGGCGAUCUCCAUAAAUGAAGAAGGCAAAGAAGAAAAAAGCGAUACUUGUUUAGUUUUUGAAGGGGGGCACACUGAAAAUACAGAAUUCAUGGAUUAUGGUGCCGUUGAUGCAAACAGUGACGACUCUGAAUCCCAAAAUGGGAUGGUUGGGAACGUAGAAAGCGACCUUAGUGGUGAAGAUCCUCAAGAUGAUAACGAGCAGCUUUCUGAAAGUGACAAAUCUGAUCGCCAUUCUGCAGAGGAGACAGAAGAUCAGCCUCCAAAUGACGAUGAUGAUACUGAUAGUAUGAAUGACCCUAAUUUUGGAGAUGUAGAGUCAAACGGAGAUACCAUAGAUGACGAUGAAUCUCUUUGGAACGAUUCGGAUAGCAGCGCGUCGAACGACGACAUGGAUCAAGAGGCCUAUCAGAGUGGAGACGAGAACCAAGGUCAAAGCAGCAGAUAUCGCAGCCAAUUUCUUAGCAAAUUCGAACUGGAUGUUUUGAAAGAAGCUGGUAUUAUUGAACAGUCAACCAGCUCUGCCGAAAUGUCCAGCGAAGAAGUUGACCAAGACGACAACACCCCCGUUAUAAACGCCUCAGCGGUUCAUGAGAACGCUUUCAUGAGGAGAUUAAUUAGGAAUAGCAACAGAUCUCCACCAAGAUUUGACCCAGAUAUGGUAUUUGAUGACGGAACUGAUAUUCGCCCACCGGCACACAGCGGUCCAUUCUCAGCGCCAGGGCAGAUUUGGGAAGAUCCAUCCUCAGAGGAGUUGAGUCCUUCCAAUGCGGCACGGAAAAGGAUUAGAGAACGCGCUGCGAACUCCCUUCCUUCAGCGAUGGCAGACGUCUCGGAUAACGACAAGGAAAAUGUUGCACCAACACAUCGCGGGGAAGAGGCCGACAGCCAGGACAACAACGCCUUUAACACGGCAAACAAUUCGGGCGGAAAUUUUGAUCCAGUCUUCCAGGAACCGAAUUACGUGUCACUUGGACCAUUGAGACCUCGCCCGUACCGAACAUUCCACUUCUAG